UAUUUUCAUUGGUUGAAAACCUCACCGGUGUUUUCUUACUAACCUAAGCAUUCGGUGUAAUUUGAGGGUGUGUCAUUUUUUUCACAUUUUCUUUGUGUCCAUUUUCGAUACACACUGGAGGGCAGCAUCCAAAUUGAGCUCAUUUUCGUCAUGUCACCACUUAAAAUUGUGAACUAGCAAACUAACAGGUAAACUACCUUUAUGGAAUAAUUAAAAUUGGAUUAAAAGCACAUCACCAGCAACACAUUCUCCGUCUGAGUCCGGCUGCUGUGAAACAAAGGCCAGCAGAAGAUGACGUGACGUUGCCUCACCUGUAGGCGGGGACAACUCUUUGCGUUUGUUGUUUCUCUUCGUUCACUCGCGAAAACGGAGGAGAGUUUUUUUUGUGUUUGUUUUGUUAUUCUUGCUUCUCCAAGGAGCACAGAUAUGGCGGAUGCUUUAAACGCUCUGCUAACUCAGUCCUGCUUCAGCGUUUUACAGGACAGGUUGGAGAAAUGGCAAAGAGAGUAUCAUGUGAUUUCCUGUGACGAGAACAUGAAUCGGUGCUGUGAGAUGAUGGAAUUUACGGCCAAAAUCCAAGGGCAGCUUUUUGCCAUUCUUAAUUCGGUUGCUGCUGAAGGUCAACACACAGACGGAGUUUCCACGCUAAAAACGCGCCUGCUUCCAUGGCUGGGGGCUUGUUUCUCACCCUUACAACCCCCUGUCCACAAAGACACCGGUUUCAGUCUUUUCCAGGAUUUGGCAGAAAAGGAGCGAAAGCUUAAGGAGCUCCCUAGCGGCAACAUGAGCGACAUGCAGUGGAUGGAGUCUCAGCUGUGCUCCACUCGCCUGGAGCUGGACUCGGUUAAGGCAGAGCUGAAUGAAGCUCACAGGGAUCUGAACAAGACAAAGAGCAAAACAGCCACCACCCUGCAGACCACUGAAGAGGAACUACUGCAACUGAAAGAAGACUUGAGAGCAGCACACUUACAAAAGGACCUUUACAAGCAGAAAUUGGAUUCCUAUCACGACUAUGAGCGUCAGAUGUCAAAAUUAAGGGAUGAAGUGUCAUAUCUGAGCUCACAGCGGCUGGCCAGAAACAAUUCCGUGAGGCUUCCGUCGAGUCUCCGCUGCACCUCCACCCCCCUGAGGUCCGAGACCACCCCGCGGUCGCAGCUCACCAGCUCCUCCCGCCUCAUGCGCGUGGUGUCGCGCUUCAGUGACCUGUACAAUGAGGAACGUAAGGAAGCGCAGUUACAGCUUCAGGGCUACUUGAAUGACUUGGAGACGGUCCGGAGGAUCAUUUUCAUUGCCGUAGUGGAGUCCUUCAAGGCAGCAAAACUUGCUCAUCGUCUCUUCAGGCUGCGCGCUCGCAAAAGUCUAUCCUCAUGUCACUUUGGGCCCGAAAGCCUGGAAGACACUGUAGUGGACUACAUCGUCCGAAACCAGGACCUCUACGAUGUGGAGAACAGCGUCGAGGAAGUACUUAGCGCCAUGAACCUCAACCCUCGCAUCGCCUCCAUCCCAAAAGUCAACUUUUCCGUGGUCAGCCCGUUGAUUCGGGAGACGUGCAAGUUGGCCUUCACCAUGCAGACGUUGGACCCGCCCAUCGACUUGGCCUUUGCCAGUGACGGGGAACUUUUCAUCAGCAACAAGUACCGUCGCAGCCCCGACUCGGACCUCUCGGCCCAGUUGGUCUUGUACCACGUGUGGCCCGCUCUGAUGCAGGGCGGCACCGUGCGCGCCAAGGGCGAAGUCGUGACCAAGAAAGGAGCUGUGUGGAGCAGAAGUCCAAUCAGUUUCAUGCGCUCCCAGUCUCUCAGUCCAACUCGCAAUCUCGUAAGUGUCCGUAAUGGUACCGAUCGCAUUUUUCAAAUAGUCUUACUGCUCUCUGUAGAGGCUCGAAACCUCCUUUGGAAUGCUAUCCGCCAUAAGACUCGCCUAUGCAUGCUUCACUAUUCACAAAUCCAACCACAGUAAACCCUGUUCAUUUUUUAAAUAUAGUUGCACCUCUCCCCACACUUAAAACACACUUCAACGUGUUAAAAGACUUUUGAAAAGAUUCCGUAGUGCCUGGGAGACUAUUGUAUAGUAUCAUCAAGAGCCUCUCAUGCACAAGUGUUCGAAUCAGAGGCAGUUUUGCUGGUUAAAGUUUACUUUAAAUCUCACACAUAAAAUAAACGAGAAUUAGACAUUGUAUAAUUUUCCACAGCAAAAUCCAGACCCCAACUAGUUCAUUUCGUCAAAUGAAAGUCAGCUAGCUUCAUGCUAACAGAGCAACGCGUAACACCAUAGAUGAAAAUUAGCAUCGAUGUUACGUUUACAGUACAUGUCAAUGGAUGUGGGAUUUAUUAUCAUUUUUUUUGUCCAAUGAGAUUCAUGCCUGUAAUGUUGCCAUGCCAAUCUAAUCUGCCCAGAGCCUUUGGAAUUAGUAGUGCUCUCUUGUAGAGCUUAAACUAUUUUAGCAACGGGACUGUAGAUGGUAGAGUAGCAUGCUGUUCUAGUCUGCGUUUUUAUAUUUUCAAUAGUAAUGAUGGCUUCUAUAACUGUGACAUGAGAUUACGUUCUUUCUAAUACGCAUAUUUCUAAUACUUUUUGGCUGAAGUCUCCCUUUGCUCUUGACUUGAUGUUUCCAGACAUUUAACGAAGGGAGAAGCUUGUCUCCGGACGCUCUCUCCGCCAGCUGUCUGUGAAUUAUUUUUGGAACGAUGACAGGAAGUAGAUUUCGACCAUGCAGAUUU